CAGAAGUGACAACAGGUAUAUUCAAAUUUCAAAUAUAAAAGUAUAUAAAUUAAAAGAAAACAGUGAAAUGUAAAUUUUAAUAAGAUCAAUAUUAUAAAAUUUAAUAUCCUAUAAAUUAAACAUGCUUUUUAUUGGUUCCAAAGUAUAAUAUAAUUCACAAUGAACAAGAAACGGAAGACUCAUUUAUUCGACUUGUAUUGGGAAGACAUAAUAGUGGCAAACAUUAUGCCUCUACUUACUAUUCAGGAAUGUUUUAUAUUUCGCAGUGUAUCGCGGACUUGUCUCCAAAUUGUAAAUAUGUAUUUUUCUAAGUUAAAGUCUUUGAAACUGAUGAACAAGGGGUUUUCGCCUCACACCUUUAAUGUAUUUGGCACAACAUGUUCGAAACUUAAACUGCUCAAUUUAAGUAGAUGUGAUUCUAUAACAGAUACAGAAUUAAUCCCUAUAUUACGUAGAAACACUGGAUUGAUUCAUUUAAAUUUGAGCCAAUGCAAAAACCUGACUGCAAAAUGUCUACAACCUGUUAUACUAUAUUGUGAUAAUUUACAAAUUCUCAAGUUAGCAAGGUGUUCUUGGCUCACAACAGGCGCUAUUGAAGCCUUGGCUCUUCAUAAGAGUAAACUAGAAGACAUAGAUUUAGCCUAUUGUGUUUCAAUAUCUGAAAGUUGUAUAUUGAUAUUCAUUAAAAAGUUUAGGCAAAUUAAGACAUUAAAUCUGGAGGGUAAUAAGCAAGUAACAGAUAAGUGUUUAUACACAAUGUCUAAGUAUAGUAAAUCGCUGAAGCUUCUCAACUUGGGUGGCUGUUGUGAUGUCACUGAUAAGGGAAUAAGAGCUCUAGCUCUUCAUUUGCCACAGCUGGAAGGUUUACUUGUGCGAGGAUGCACCAAAGUCACAGAAAACAGCCUACAACUCAUGCGAAAUCGUGUGCAUCUUGAUCGGAGACCAUCUCAAGCAGUACCAUUACCUGUGUAUGUGCAAAUAUAAUUGUGGUUGUGUUAUAGUUAAAUAUAGAAUAUACUUAUCAAGACUUAUGUAAAUAUAUGACUUUAUGCUAGGAACUAAAUUGCAAUAAUGUUAAGAUAGAAAUGUAAGAAACUACAUUAUUUUAAUUAUUUUUUUUAACUUUUGUAGGCUUUAAGAGAAAUAUUGAAGAUCUCAAGAUUUUUUUACAUAAUUUUUGUUAAUAUUAUAUGGGAUACAUUUUUUUUUUGUUUAUUGUACAUAUUUAAAUACAUUUUUAAUAUACAUAGUAUUUUGGUUUUUGUUUCAUAAUAUUAGAUAACAACCACCUAUUUUAUAAACCUUUGUUAGUACUACCAAAGAAAUUAAUCACCACAAUCACAGAUAUUAAAAUUGCAAAACCUUAAAAUAGUAAUUGUUAAUUACACAGUGAAUGGGCGAACCUCGGAUACUGUAUUAGUGUUUCAUUUGAAAAACAUUGCCCUUUUUUAUGUGAAUCAUGUGUAUUUAUUAACUUAAAGAGUAUUAGAAGUGGAUAAAAGUUCUCAAAUAAGUUCCAAAUAUUCUAGAACAAGAAAUUCAUUCAUGUUGAUUAACAACUAUAAUGUCAAUUGUUGACUUUAAUUAAAAACACAAACAAAAUAAUUUCCUUGCUACAAAAAAAUCUCAAAGUGACGUCUAUCUUCUGUAUACAAUCGUAGCGACUAUUAUAGAGCCAAAAAUUUAUUAAAUUUGGUAUAUCAGAUAUUAGUUUGCCCGAGAGCUGUUACUAGCGAUUGUAUAAUAUAAAAAGCAUUUGGCGUUACUUUAUUUUUGUGCCGCGAAACACUGUAUUGUCCGUCCGUUGUAAAAUUUAAACUAAAUCGUGUAGUAUAUGAUAACUAAACAGACGCUAUCUUAUUGAAAAUAAUUUUAUAUAAUUUUGGUUGGC